AUGCUACAAGAGAAAAUAACUCGAGGCAAAUAUGGUGAUAACGAUAAGUUCACGUGCGCAUUGUCGCUCGUCUUGGUACAAUGUUUCGUGAACUAUGUAUUUGCUCAAGUUUUAAUGGUGUCCUGGAAACAUGAGAAAGACACAACUCGCACUGUCUAUUAUUUCUCAUCGGCUUUGACAUAUCUUUUAGCAAUGAUAUGUUCAACUAUGGCUUUACAAUGGAUUAAUUAUCCGACACAAGUAGUUGGGAAGGCUGCAAAACCUAUUCCCGUCAUGAUCCUUGGUGUGUUGAUUGGACGCAAAGCAUAUCCACUCAAAAAAUAUUUAUUUGUUCUCUUAAUUGUUAUUGGCGUGGCCCUCUUUAUGUAUAAAGAUCAGGGCAAGAAGACUUUGGAUAGCUCACAAAGCUUUGGUGUUGGAGAGCUGCUGCUAAUACUUUCACUGACUAUGGAUGGCCUCACUGGAGCUGUGCAGGAACUCAUCAAGAGUGAAUCUUCCCCUACGGCAUAUUCAAUGAUGUUGAACACAAACUGGUGGUCAGCAAUAAUUUCUUCAGUGGGUGUGAUUUUAAGCGGAGAGAUAUUCAGAUUUGUUGCAUUUGUAACACAAUACCCUGAAAUCUUGGUGUAUCUUGCGGGUUUUGCAUUGAUGGGCGCAUUAGGACAACUGUUUAUAUUUUACAUGGUUGCUGAGUUCGGCCCGCUCCCUUGCUCCGUGGUGACCACCACGAGGAAGUUCUUCACCGUUCUCGCGUCCGUCAUCUUCUUCGGGAAUGUUCUGUUGAGCCGUCAAUGGAUCGGUGCAAUUCUGGUUUUCAGUGGUCUAUUCUUGGACAUCUUCUACAGCAAAGGCAAAAGUCAAGCGUCAAAGAAAAUACCCGCUAAU